UGAUCGGCUUCUUCAUUGGCCGACUCGGCUGUCAGUCAUUGGGCUGCACUCGUUGGUUCGUUCAAACCAGAGAAUUGACUCAGUGCGACUAAUCUCGGUUUUGUCUGCAGCCACAGGAUCGUGUCGCAGCGUCCCCCGUGGCGCCGACUGAGCAUCUGCUGGAAUACAACUUCCUCUCUGGACGAACACACAGCCCCAGCCUCAUCCAGUGAGCCGGGAGCGAUAACACGGGCUGAGAUAAACGCGUAAAUGGAGUUUCAAUCGUCGUCGUGACUCUUCUCCGCCGCCUCUCACCCUGAAGAAGAUCCUGCGCUGAAGCUGCUGCAGCAUCCGUCACACCACCGCGGCUCCCUCCUCUGCAGACAUGGGCACCGUCCUCUCCAUAUCCCCCGCGUCCAAGAAGGCGUCUAUCAUGGACUCAGAGGUCGCCGGAGAAAAGACCGACAAAAGCAUCAAGCGGCACUCCAUGUUCGUCUCUCUCUCCUGGAAGAAGCUGGUGUCCACCUCGGCCAAGAAGAGCGCCAAGAAGGUGACGCCGAACCCGGUGUCCACGCGCGAAAUCCCUCGCAGCCAGGUGGCCCAGCUCAACAGCGAGAACAUCAGGAAAACGCACCAAAACGAAGAGAGGAAACCCAAAGCGCCCAUCCCCGUCCCGGUGCCCACGGUACCCACGCUUAACAAUGAAGCUGUCACCCAAAACGGGAGGCUCUCCUCGGUGCAGAAGCAGCCCAGCAGCCUGUCUCUGGUGUCCCCGAGGCGCAUCGUCAUCCAGGCGUCCACGGGGGAGCUGCUGCGCUGCCUGGGGGACUUCAUGUGCCGCAGGUGUUACAAACUGAAGGAGCUCAGCAGCGGGGAGGUGAUCCUCUGGUUCCGCAACAUCGACCGGACUCUUUUGAUCCAGGGCUGGCAGGACCAAGGCUUCAUCACGCCGGCCAACGUGGUGUUCGUGUACCUGCUGUGCGAGGACGCGAUCGCGGACAGCGUCUCCUGCCCCGCCGAGCUGCAGGGCACCUUCCAGACUUGCCUCUACCUCGCAUACUCCUACAUGGGCAACGAGAUCUCCUACCCGCUCAAGCCGUUCAUGAUCGACUCGAACAAGGACGUGUUCUGGCAGACGUCGCUGCGGAUCAUCAACAGGAUGAGUGCCAAAAUGCUGCAGCUCAAUGCGGACCCGCACUUUUUCACCGAGGUCUUCCAGGACCUCAAAAACCAGCGAGACACCAGCGUCGAGUCGAACCUGGAUCGCUGACGUGGGAACGAACAAGACUGAUGGUUUUUUAUUUCAUAAAAAAAAAAAAAAGAAGAUGAAUGUUUUUUGCAAAACCACGCGACGGUGGAUUUGAAUCAAAGGACUGAGGGGCUUCUCGCCUGGGGGGGGGCUGAAUAUCUCCAUCAUGAUCAACAACGUCAGUGUGGUGUUUAGGCUACAGUGUAGGAGAUCUCAUUAAUGCAUGCCAGUGGUAUAUUGUCCUCUCUUUUUUUGUCUUGUCCCUUGCGACAGGGAUUGACUUCGCAGGUAUACAAACACUCAAACCCCACGAUUAGCCCCCUCUCCGGUUGUCGGUGAGUGGAUGUCGCAGUGAGGCGAGGCUCCGGGCAGAACACAUCCGUGAAGGGGAGCUGUAGAGGCGGAGCUGUCCGAGGUGCUGACCUGUGCAGCCACCACCUCCCCCCAACACCACCACCACCACCUCCUCCUGCUCACUUUUCCACAACAGAGGAGAGCGUGGCUUAAGAACUGCUCCCGGUCAUCAGUGCAUCUUUAGCACAUAAGCCUAAGCCUGCAGAGGUAUGCAGUAUACAUGCACCGUGCACAGCCUGCAGUGGUAGUUAAAGCUGUUAAACAUGCAACAGAUAACAGAAGCAUGAUUCCUCAAGAGGAACGAAACACACUUCUUUGUACAUCUGUAGAUAUUCUCUCUACUUUAAAAAAGCUUGUUUCCGAUUGUUAACCUUGAGUGGAUGCUAAAAGCUCCAUCCUGCAGAGGAUGCUAUUUUAAUACCUGGCUGAUUUCAUCUCCUCUUUGUGUGACACCAAAUUUGUCAUGACGGCAACGUAAUUGUGAAUGAAUAUAACUAGUUUUUGCCUACCUAUGUCAUACUGUAGUAAUGUACCUGCAACCGGCCACUGGUGUAAGUUGAGCAGAAAUGUAAAAUGAGUAAAGGGAGUAUUUUCCCCCUGUAGAAUGUGAUAAACUGCACUAAAUGGGCCUGUAGAUGCCCACAUACAGCAACAUAAUCAACACAAGGCCUCUGUUGAGUAUUGCUUUUCAAUACAUGUUGGCUGCUGUGACGUAUUGCUUUGCAGUAUAUUGCAGAGGUCAACUAGAGUAAAUGGAAUAUAUCGUUUUUUUCCAAGAGGAUUUUUAAAAUCCCAUAUGUGCCAACUGUAAAAUGUCAUGGCCUGAAACUCUAUGGUUUACAUGUACAAAUCCCAUGUGUUAAAUUAGCUGUUUAUUUUUAUUUAUUUGUUCUGUUCUUAAGGUGGCUGCAUAUAAUGUACUGUAGUCCAAGCAUUGCAACAAAAAAAAAUAGCGCUUAAUGGUCAAACAGCAUUUUUGCCCUGUUCUGUAAAUGUGUGCCGUGAGCCUCGGUUUGCUGGAUACAUCUUCAUGUUCUGACAGGAUGUUUCCUCAUAAUGUAAAUACUGAGUGUGAAUGCCUCAUUCAGAAGCAUUUGCACACAGGUGUCAUUGCAGUUUCUAUAAGCUAAAAAGUCACUUCAAUCAGACUCUGAAACCAAAAUCAUUGGGCACACGUGACAGUUAGUAUUCAGUAUUACGGUCAUUCUAUUAGUGCUCAUUGUGAUGUUGUGUUGUGAAUUCAUUGUUUUGGAAAAGUGGAAUAUAAUGCUGCUAUUUUGCACAGCUGUGAACAAACUCUUGAUGUUUUUUGCACAGCGGUAUAACAUAAUGGCCAUGUACCAAUGUUUUCUUUUCGGGUGCUGGAGUGUUUGCCAUUAAGUUUGCAGUUAUACUGUCACCGAGUCUCGCUGUAGGACGAUCAUCUGUGACAUAGAGCUUUUUUGUACAGUUCAUUUUUCCUAUAUGUCGUACGGAGAAUAAUAUUUAGAUGUGUGUGUGUUGUCUGUGGUUUUGUGCCACAGUCGCAUUCACUCCCUCUAUAUGUUAAUAAAAGGCCUAUACAGUGAAUGUUUAUGGUGACCAUGAUGAAAUAAAU